AUGCCAUCCAUUGCAGUCCGAUGCAACACGUCGUCCCGUGCGCCGUCACCCAGCCAUAUCUUUGGCCCCUCGGCCGCCAAGACCUUCCCCUGCGAUACACCACAGCGACGUGGUCUCUUUCGCUACCUCCGUAAAUUCCUUCCUUCUCGCACGAACGCAGUUCCCCCUGUUCAGAACAGUCAGCCUCGUGAUCCUCUGAAUUUCCCUGUUACAUCGCCCCUUCCUCCCAACUACUUUUCUUCGGUGCAGGCCACAACUCGCCGAUUUUCACAUCUGGAUCCCCAGGAGAGCUCUCGAUCCACACCACCACCGCUCGUCAUCCAGUCCUCUGCUACUACUUCCACAACCUUCAUGUCCCUCCUACACAACCUAUCAACCUGGUGGCCCGUUCGUCCAGGUCAUCCAUUUGUUGAUGUUCCUCUCGCGCAGGGUAAAGAGCGCAACGCUGGAGCUGGAGCUCCCAAAAUUAACGAGGGCUGGAUACGUGAUGAAGACUAUAUACCUUCUACUCCUCCUUCAUCAAAUCCCGAUUCACAACAACCAUCUGCAGCAGCGCAGAUUACCACUGGAGAACAUGGAAGCGGUCGGUUAUGCGGGUGUUUCUAA